AUGAAAUUCAGCAUUCUUGCAGCACUCGCCAUCGCCACUGUAGGCGUCCGAGCCCAGGUCCAAGGCACAAGCAAGAACGUUGCACUUCCAAACAGCCGCUCUGCAGCUCAAAGAACCGCAGCUCCUCCCAACUGGGGAAACAUCCACUGUGUCGAAGCUUCCACUGGACAGCGACACAUCUUCGGGAGGUGGCCAAACCUCUGGGGUCAGGUAUGCGCCUCCGGGGAAGAGGUGCAGGGCGAGUACUACAUGUAUCCGCUCAUUGUUGAGUUGGAGGAGGCAUUCCCCCUAGAGGCGUGGUUUUUUGCCGGUUACUGGAGCAAUGCGGUCGCAUGGCUCGGCGCAAUGGCCAUUUCACCCGAGCAGGCGCAGAUGGGUCCCGGCUCACCAAACUUCGGAGUCUUCACCUUCACAGAUUUGACCACCGUCGGUGCAGGCCCCGCGAACGGGCCCACUUCUGCUGGGUACACGAUCCUGCAGUAUACAGAGGGCGUCAGGCAAAGCGCUAUCUGGAACUAUGAUCGUGCUACGCAGACUGUCAAACCUGUCUGGAUUAACCCGGACGGUACGGCUCUAAACGUCACUAUUCACUAUGACGCUCGUGAACCUGGCUUCUUCUUCACCGGCGAUCCAGACGCGUAUGCCGCGAAGUACGGUGUUGACUUCAUCGAAUGCACUCUCACAUUUGUGCCUAUCCUAUGGACCGUGGCUUGA